AGGAUUGGCCAGUCUUGCUUACUUCCUUAGUGUAUCAACCGCGCCGCUGAUCUUGAAGCUUGAAUACAAAACUUGAAAGCCAUGUCUUCACCCAAUCAGAGACCAUUCGUCCAGGCUGGCGAACCUCUGCAAGACUUUCUACGUUCCUUCUGGCAGCGUCAGGUCGAUGCUGCCGAGCAGGAAACCCCGGACUAUCGCCAUCCGCCGUUACCCCUCGCCCGCAUAAAGAAGGUCAUGAAGAGUGACCCGGAAGUGAAGAUGAUUGCAGCAGAUGCACCCAUACUCUUCUGCAAGGCCUGUGAAAUCUUCAUCGCCGAGAUCACAGCUCGCGCCUUCAUCAUCGCCGACUCGAACAAGCGCCGCACACUCUCGCGUGCAGAUAUCGCGAAGGCUCUGAGCAAGUCGGACCAGUUUGACUUCCUUAUCGACAUCGUCCCACGCGACGAGCCCUUGGCCGUCGCAGGAGGGCGCACGAAGAAGGCCGGUAGCGUGGUGGGCAAGCUGGAGCAGUCUGGAGAAGCCUCGCAGCAUGGGCCGGGAGAGAAUGGCCACGGUCCGGAUGGUGUAGCACAAUCGGUUGAUCUCGAGCAGCUGCAAACGUUACUCAAUCCUCCGGGCUCCGAAAAUCGGCCUUUGUCAUAGAGCACACAUGUCCUCUUUUCUCCGUCUGUGCUCAUCCGCUGUACCAUCUUAGCUGUACUAUAUUCAUUGUGUUUGAUACAUCAUGAAGCAUACAUCGCAGAGCUAAAAGGAAUGGGCCCAACAACCUAUACGCUUA